GGCUAUAGAGACCUCAUUUUAUUCGACUUGAGUACGUCAAUGAGAGCUCUUUUAACGCGCAUGCGCAAAAAAGAGCUCACCACAUGUAUGUAUGUAUGUGCAUACACCUCUCUGCUACGCUACAUCCAGCCCAUCCAGCUGAAUCUGAAACUUCGUACUUUUACCACUAGAGGUCUUCAAAAUCAAUUCAAUUGGUGAAUGAUAGGGGAUUAUAAUAAUUUUCUUGACAAGUCAAAAGAGUAUCUCUUUUCUGUAACUAUCAGUUGACAUGCUUCAAUGAAUCAGAUUUUUGCAUUGUUUACAGUAAAGUUGAUACCUUGGUCGAACUUGUAGAAUGACUUCUAAGUCUGAGAUCACGUUGGAACAUUUUUACAUUUUUAAUGGCACUUAUGCGAAGAAAGAAGGAGAGGAGGAAAAAAAGAUAUUGUAUUAUUAUCCGGAAAAGGAUCUAGAUGUUCAAAUCAAGAACAUAGGGCUCAGCGAAGCAAUAAUCAAGUUUACAGAAUCUUUUAACCCGGGGCAGCCAUGUGAUUACUGUCAUACACACAAGACACGUCAAAUAUACUAUCAACCGGAGCCUAAUUUCUGGAUGGUAAUGAUUGUUGGUGUACCAUACAUUUACAAAGAAAAAGAUGGUAAUAAGUAUCAGAAUGAUGAAGUGUCCAGCAGUGUUUGCCAAGCUAUAUUAAAGCAAACAUAUAUGAUGUUUAGAUUAUUUAUGGGCUCCUUCGAAACCAUCAUUAACGAUCCUGAAUGUGGUUCUGUAAUGUUGUUGAAGCUUAAACUGGAACAUUUUUACUCACGAUAUCUCCUUUCAUUAAAACUGAAUAAUAGUGACAUACUAGAUGUUUUUCAAGGUCUACAAUUCUUACCUCUUGACAAAAUUACGUUUCUCAAAGUGCAAUGUUUUAUGAAUCUUGUAGAAGCUAUGUUUACACAAGUAAAAUACACAGCAUUUCUCUAUAAUGACCAAAUUGUUUGGAGUGGCUUGGAACCCGAAGAUAUGCAAGUAGUUUACAAUUAUUUAGUAAGCACUCUUUUGCCAGCUCAUCUCGAAAAAGAGUUGCAUGGAGGCUCAAUACCUAGAAACUCUCCCUCACCGUUCACUUCUUCACAUUAUGGAAAAUUUGUUACCGGGCCUGCUAGCGUUAACGAACCUAGUUUAAUUGGAAAAUCACCAAAAGUUUUUAUCAAUUAUUCUACUAAGCCUGUGUCAUUGUAUUUAGUAGUGUAUCGCGCGCUAAGCGCUACAAUAUGUCUCUUCGUCGAUAAGAAAACAAGUUUAUUAAUUGACUUCUUCAAGAGCUUAGACAGUUUUCUGGGACCACAAUUAACCACAUUAGUUAGUUCUGUAGCUGAGCAAUGCUCCAAACAUGUAAUGGUCACGCCAGAAUCGUGUACCAAAUACCUAUAUUUUAAUAAGUUGAAUUUAGCAUACAAAAGUACAAUACAUUUAGAUAACAGACGUUGUUCUAAUGUACUUACGACACCUGAAGUAUUGAGGAUUAUUACUGAUAUAUACAAUGAUAGAAAUAGAUUGAAGGAAGCUGGAGAAAUAAUUAUUAAGACCAUGAGCGAUUACUGGGUUAUUGGAAAGUUGUCUAAUUUGAGAGAGUUUUUUGUUGUCAUACAACAGAAGAGUGCAAGUAUCAUAGAAAUUGAUGAUGAAGUGAAGAAGCUUUGCGAGAAACAAUUAAAAAGCAUCUUUUUUCACUGAUGAAUGUGCAACAAAGAAUAGAAAUGAUGAAAUUUAUAAAUACUGUUUUCCUAUUUUAUUAAAUUAAGGGUGGACAGGAGCCAACAUUUACCUCGCGUUCGCAUCCCAUUCGUGGAGCAAAUUUAUAUCCGUACUUUAUUAUAAUUUAUCUCAUAAAAGUAAUAUUUGCUCAUAAUUUAUGUAUACUUUAUGAAAUCCAGAGCCAGAUUUUGCAAUUUUGUUUUUAAAAAUAUUAUAAUAAAUGGAAUUAUUUGCUCUGUACUCAUGGUACAGACAUAAUCUAGCACUGGAAUUCUGUAACUCUUAACGACAGUAUUGAUAUCGUUAUACAAUGGAGUCUCCCAUAUCCAAAAUAAUAGGGAGACAAAAUUGUUCAGAUAAAGGAAUUUUUGAGAAAUAAUAAAAUAAACACAUUUUUAUUAAAUUUUAUUUAUUUAAACAGAAACUUGAAUGUUCAACAAAAAGGACUUCAUAUAUUAAAAAAAAAACUUGAAUUCAUUAUGUAAAGAAAACAAAAUUAAUUUCACAAUAUGUUAUAAUAUUCGGAUAGUAGAACGGAUAUUAAAGAAUUCGGCUAAUGGAACGUCGGAUAUGGGAGGCUCUGCUGUACCGUCUUUGCGCAGAUAUUAUAUAUGAUUAAAGAUUUGCAACGAUAAUAUAACGAUACCGAUACUAUUAUUAAGAGUUACAGAAUCCCGGCUACUAAUCAACUAUAUUUUUUUAUCUUAUGGAAUCAAUAUUUAUAUCAUGAUCCAUUUUGUUACUUUACGCUUUGUAAAACUGUGAAAUCUAAAGGUUUUGUAAUUUUAUUUUUAAAAGAUAAUAAAUAAGAUUAUCUGCACUUUAACUGCAUUAUAGUGCAGAUCAAAUGGAAUUUUUGAAUGAGAUUCAGAAUAAAUUUUUGUUCUCCACAAAA